AACGAACUAGUUCCACUAAACAAAAUAUUUUUUUAAUUUGUGUUUAUUUUUCUACACUAAACAGCAACAUAAACAUUUUGUUGCACUCAAACACAUAUUUCGCGUACUUCCAACAAUAAUUCAAUUUCUAUUAUUAGUAAAUUGAUGCUAUAUUUGACAUCUCUAGUUCGCACAGUUCAUAAGCACCAGUUGCACGCGCAACAUUAAAAAUGGAACAAACCCAGAAAUUUUACGACUUUUGUGUCCCAUUCAACAAAGAUGACAAACAAAUGCGGGCCAUACUCAAUGAGCUGGUAGAGCUGGGCUAUAGAACGAUUGCGAUCGACCAGAGUUUCGACCACAGCAAGAAGGAUGCCGGCAAACGUGGCUCCGAAAUGUUUCCCGCACCCCACAGCAUCGAGCAUUUGCGGAAGGAGUUUGCCGACAAACUGAGAAUACUACAAAGGAUAACUAUUCUCUAUGUGGAUGUAAAUCUGUCGCAUGCGAUGAGUGUUUCGUAUAAUCUGCGAAAGUUCAAUCUUAUUGCUGGACAGCCCAAAACCGAUGCCGCACUUACACAUUGCUGCACCACCUUCACAGGAGACAUAAUAACCUUCGAUCCUGUAGCUGGUUCGAGGCUUUUAGUCAACAGAAAGGCCUAUCAGGUGGCCGUUCGUCGUGGCAUGUUCUUCGAGAUCAAAUAUGCGCCAGCUAUUGCCGACUCCAACAAUCGCAAGGACAUGAUUAAGUUGGCCCAGAACUACUCGAUCAAGGGCAAGUCCAAGAAUAUAAUUCUCAGCAGUGGAGCGGAGCAUGAGUUCCAGCUACGAGGACCCUACGAUGUGGCGAAUCUGGCUUUUAUAUUUGGUUUAUCGGAGGACCAGGGAAAGAAUGCUGUGGAUCGUUUCUGCCGGCAGAUAUUUUUGCGUGCCGAAUCGCGACGCUUGGGCAAAACAAUAAUGUUUGUUAAGGGAAAUGGACCCAUUGUGUUUUCGGACAGCUCGGAAGAUGACCAAAGCGAAGCGGAAGGGGACGAAAUGGAUGCAAUAGUCACCGAAAUGUCGAAAGACGGACAAGAUGAAGAGCAAACUGAAAUUAAACCACCCAAUAAAAGACUGAAAGUGGCAUAAAACCAACGUAAAUCCUUAAUCUAAUUAUUAAAUUACGUUUGUUAUCUGUA